GGGGGCGCCUGGGACUUCGGCGCGGCGUGCGCGGGCACGAGGCGUAGUGGCCUCCCCUAAGGCUGAGGCGGCGGCGGGCGCGCGGCGGCGGCGGGUGUGCGAGGCGCGGGCUGUUGUGCUCCCGGCUCUCCUCUUUCGCCACCUCGGCGGGUGGAGGAGGCCCAAGCGGUACUGGGCGCGCUCCCCCUUCCUCUCUCUCCGGCGUUCUCCCCCUGCCCUCUCGCGCUGCGCUGUCUCUCCGACGCAAGACUGUCCCGGCCCGGAUAUGGCUCGUGGACAGCAGAAGAUUCAGUCUCAGCAGAAAAAUGCCAAAAAGCAAGCUGGACAAAAGAAGAAACAAGGACAUGACCAAAAGGCUGCUGCCAAAGCUGCCUUAAUAUAUACCUGCACUGUCUGUAGGACGCAAAUGCCAGACCCUAAGACCUUCAAGCAGCACUUUGAGAGCAAGCAUCCUAAGACUCCACUUCCUCCAGAAUUAGCUGAUGUUCAGGCAUAAGGUUGUUUACAGGGUUUCCCAAACUCUUGAUUGCCUCUUGCAAGCAGAUGACCUGGGAGCAAAUGUCAUGGCAGAAUGAUGGACUCCUAGCAAGGGCCAAAGCUUGCCCUGUGAAGACUGGAAAGAAUAUAUGCUUGCCAGAGAUUCGGUAACCUCACCAAGAAGACCUUAAACUGCAAUUUAAGAGGGUGGAAAAAUUGCUCAGGUGAAACUGUAAACCCUGUUACUUGUAAGAAAACCUGUGACACAAAGCAAUUGGAGAAUCUCUUAAUUUGCAUGCAAAAAUAACAGGAGGAAAAAGUAAGGAAUGUUAUAUCUGAUUUCAAGUGUGAAUAUGAAGCAAAGGAACUUGAGAUGUUAGUACCUGGAAGAAAUCAGGAUUUCCUAGAUACCCCUGAAGCACAGGGCUCAGGACUAGAAUGUGGAAGGCCUGAGAGAAAGGAUAGCAGAGGAGCAGUGUAUGUCCAAAAUAUUUGAAAGUACACAGAACCAGGAGCCUGCAUGAAGAAGCGUGGUGGAGAAUAUUUGUAUGGAGAUGAGAGAGACUCAGGUGAUUCUAUCAUGGGAGCAGUUUAAAACCAGGAACCACAAGCCACUACCACCCGUAGGCCAUGUUUCCUAACCCCAGUCUCAAACUAAAACAGGCAAGUUGUAGUAAAAAUGUUUUUCAGCUCCCUAGGCCUUUAUUAGAAUGUUCAGUCUGGUUAGAAAGUGCAUUUGGCAAAUUAUUGACUUGACAAUUUCAUAUCUGAGAAAAUGAAUGAAAAAAAAUGAGGGUCUACUAUCUAAUUCUCACCAAGAAGGAAAAUUGUAUCAUUGUAGAGUUUACAAUUACAUGUAAAGGAUGUAUUGUGACUAGUAAAAACGUGGUGUGAAAACUCAGAAAAGAGCCAAAGCUAUACCCAGGUUCUAGCAGGGAGACCCUGGGUAAUCAGGCAACACACUCCAAGGUAGAAUGGAGUCAGGCACCAGGGUCCAGGAGACUUAACUUUAGUGAGAUAGCUUGUGCAAAGUUGAGAAAAUCAUAGGUAUGAUUCCAUGGCCAGAAACUAGAGGGAAUAUGGUGUAAGAGGAAUGGAGCCC